AUGUUCAGUAGAUUGGCCGUUCCGGCCAAAAGAGUCCCAGCAAUUGUCCAUGUGAGAUUCAACUCCGAAAUGCCCAAAUUUUUGCCAAACUUGUCCGAUUUCCCUGAUUAUAAGGUCCCUAAAGACUACGUGAUGCCCCAAAAAAGAGAUCCCUAUCAGGUUUACGACGACCAGCAAAACAGACGAAAUUUCGACACUCCAGUGCACCCAUUUGAGGACAACCUUGACAUGUGGUCGCCAGAUUUUAUCAAUCCGGUCAGCGACUCCACCGCGAUUGCCAAUUUCCUUGGCUGGUUUGCUGGUCUAGGAUCCUUCGCAACUGCUAUUUGGUUCUUCGAUCUAUGGCCCGAACGGCCGGCCACUCCACGAUCCUACCCACAUGGCGGCCUUUACAAAGACUUGGGUGGCACUGAGGGAGAGCAGGACUUGUACAGGGCGCGGAUCGACCAAGUUGAGUGA